AUGCAGCAGACAAACCGAGGAUUUAGCCUUUUUAUUGUUGGGUUCCUAUGCUCUGAUCGCUCAUUCGCUUGGCUGCACUUAAUUAGGAUAUUGCAAGAGAAGAUUGUAAACAUGUCGAGGCCAAUGCUGCUGGUGUUUCUUUUGCUUAUAUUGAUAAUUACCUCCCAAUUUGAAUGGAAGCAACAACUUGUAAGCGACAUGGAUACUAGUCCAAGUGUAUCUCAGAAGCAACUACAGAUUUCCAAGAGGGAAGAAGCUGUUAAAGAGAAGUAUGUUGUGAUCUCAUGA